ACUACCUGGUAUACUGGAAUCCCGCAUCUUGAUAUCUCGUUGCCUCAUCAAGUCCAAUGCCUACAUAAUACUACGUGCGAGAAUGCGAAUACCUCUUCCCCAUUCUCAACUGUGGCGCAGUAAGUGACGCGCAUGUCGAUCUGCAGGGCCAGGAAUCUUGAAUUAGUGCAGCAUUGCUCCCGUCGCCUCGUUUGUUCGUCUGCGCUCACGCGGCUGGCCUCAUCACUAUCCUCCCUUCCCUUGUCCCACUGUGUUGAACAUUGUUGUUCCCAUCGAACCACGGACAAUACCAUCAUUCUUCAGAUCGUCGCUUCUGCUUGCUCCCGGCCUCCCAUCGACGUGGCUCCAGGUAGUACGAAAUCCGCCCUCACUGUGUCCCUCUGCUUCAUACAAAAAACAGCUCUCUAGACCUUGCUACGACAAGAUCACCAUUUCCGCAAUGCGCCACAUUAUCCCUUGAGCAUACUCUGACUGUAUUUUUCAACUGCAACGCGUCUUGGCCUCGAACCAUCAGCCGCAAUCUCGAUGGCAUCCCCCGGUCCAUACUCCUCCUUCAAGACCAAUGUUGGCAGGACAAUCACAAAGAAAUGGAGAAAUGCGAAUAAGAUAAACUAUGACGGUGACGAGUGGGGAGAUGACGAUGAUGAUGAAUACGACGAGCCUGCAACAAUGUCGGCUGGCACGGCUAGACACCCAGCUUGGGCGCCGCAACCGAAUAUGUACUCAGCGAAUCGCAGUGUAACCAAUCCCUCUCCCUCUCGUGGUGGUGGACGACUCUCUUUCGAUCGCGGCGACGAUCGGCGGACGUUCUCAUCCGGAGGCUUCGAUUCAGCCUACCCAACCACCCAAAGACAACAUCUUCCAGAGCCACAGCAUGACUAUGAGGAUUCCCCCUUCCCGAAUUUCAACGGACCAGCUCCUUUGCGACUCGACACACAAGGACAGGGUCCAAUGCUUCCUGGCUUUCGACCGGGCUCAAGAGGUCGUAAUUUUCAACCGUACGAUGAUGCGCCCUUUUCUGCCCCAGGUACAUACCCUGCAUCACGUAGGUCUGGGUCAAGUAACCGUCCUCCGCCCCCGGUCGACCUUUAUCAGAGACAUGAUAGUCCCAUGAGACCUGGUAGCAGAGGUUCAACUGCGUCAACCAGACAGUUCCCCCCUCGCAAACAGAGUCUCACACAACAACCGCCGCCUCCAAUAGACUUGACGCCAGGUCCUGAGGCUGCAGAUCCUUCGUCAUUUACAGACGCCAACGAAUCAAGUGUCAACCGACCUAUACCAGUCUUUGUUCGGCCAUCAGACAUUUACAAGCGCAUGGAAGAGGAGAAGGAAAAAGUCCGCAGGUCGCAGGAAUCAUCACGACGCCCCAGUAUAGAUUCCACCACUGGUCGCAUAAGAGGCGAGCUGGUGAAUGCGCCGGCUUCACUGCCAGAGCCCAAAGAUUUCGGCAACGCAGUGCCGCAGUCAUCAAUUGAGGAGCAGGACCAUACUCGACGAUUGAAGCCUACCAUUCUUGACACAGUCCCAGAACGGAAAAGUGAGUAUGGCUUUGACAAUCUGCUCAAGCAAGCAGGUUCACCUGAACAGCCUGAAGAUGAGGCUGUGACACGUGAGGCCGACAUUUCCCACCAGUCGCAGGAGACACUACCAACAGUGGGCGUAUCAAGGCAACCCACAGACGCGUCUUCAGUCUCCAACUACACCGACCGUCCAGACCCGGUUUCCGCAUCAACCAUAUCGCGCAAUGUGUCCAUGAGUGAAGGCGCUCUCCAGCGUGAAACCCCGGAUCCUGUACGACCAAGCUUCAACCUUCCAGCUAUUGAUAGAAUUUCUGGGUUUGGCAUGGAUAUAGGCUCAGUUGACGGCGAAAACACUCGAGACGCCCGAGGGCAGCCUGUACAACCCUCCAACUCUUCAGUGGAUAUUUCUGGCGGGUCGCGGAGUUCUGCCCAAACUCAGGCACAAUCUCUACACCAUCAACCGUCGCUCGGUUACAGAUCGAUGGUUCAACAGGCUUUUGAAGAGAGUGAGAGGGAUACGCCACUCUCUCCGACUUCUACAUCGGGUACUGUUGACAGGUCAAACAGCAACUCGACCUCGGACAUCAGCCCUAUAAUCGGUCGUAAAGAAGAGUCCACAGCGCCUGCAUUUGCGCCUCAGGCCACCUCAAUACCGAUUCCAGAAGAGCCAUCGCGAGCUGAGUCACGUCCGACAUCAUCAGCAACGCUAAGACCACACGAACCUCUCUCGCCAGAUAGUGACUUCUCUCCUGCUGGACCAGUCCGGGGUGGAUAUCGCAGAGACGUUACUCCUCCCAGUCGAGACAACAGCCCAGCGAAAAGACCCCUCAGCAUUGAACACCCCAAGCCAAUUCAAUCGCAAAAAGCGUCUGUCGUGGAUAGGAGGGAAGAAGACAGAUCUGUAGACGACCAGACGCGUGGCAGAUCGCCGCCGUCCGAGGAGACCGUGCCGGAGCCGUCAUCUGUGAAAUCUGACCCGACAGAAGACGCAGUCCCAAAGACUGAACGCACUACUUCUGAAGAAUAUCAGGAAUGGCAGGCACAUAAGCAGCAAUUCAACAAGCAAGCAGGCUUUUCUGAUAGCGGGUCCGCUACUCCAUUUGCACCGUCACCUCUGCAGCGCUCAGAAACACCUUCCAAAGGCUCUGUCCGAGAACUGGCCGGGCGGAUUGAGGGUCAAUCGGGAAGAUCGACUUCAAGCGGAAACGGGUUCCCAGUCAGUUCGCCAACAGCCGAACACAACCGUCCAGCACCUCAACCUCGAAAUGAAAGUUUUCGACCGGCUAUACCCGGAGGUUGGCAGUCAUACACUUCGACCGCAAGUGCAUCCACACAAGAAGACGGUACUCCUGGGCAACAGACUGGAGGCUCGCCCUCCCGAAAUCUGCCACCUUUUGCGCCUUCGCAGCGAUUAGACAGCACUGAGAGUAUCCCUACUGCCAAAGCUCCCACGAAAUCCCCCGACACAGAGAAUGGCAUUAGAGAAAAGGCUUUUGCUGCCGCGGCCACCGCUGGCAGUGCUCUCGCCAGCGCUCUUGCCGGCCAUCGACUCAGUGAGCGCUUGCAAGACUCGCAAGAAGACUCAGAAGAGUCAAGUGAGAAUGAGUGGGAUGCUUCAAGUACGGGUAGUGAACCCGAGUCGGAAAAAGAGCGUGAGCGUGAGCACGGGCCGGGGCCCCAAAAUAGGCCGGAUCAAGAAGCGAUUGCCCCAGUCCCCCAAUCGACGGGCUUGACAUCGGCAGACCAGCCCCUGGAAAAGCAUAGCAAUAUCCCUAUACCAGCCAGGGGACACUCUUCCAGCGAGGCCGGUACUGCAGAUCCUGAAGAUAAUUACGUACCGGCACCGCUUCGAACGAGCAGAAACCUCGAUACUUCAGCCCUCCGAGGCAGGGUACCAGAUGUUUUUGUACAUCAGGAGUCACCUGCUGAAGCUGAUAAUGAUCGGCUGGAAGAAGAAAUUGAGAAAAGCCUGACUCCAAAGAGCUCGACCUACUAUGGCGAGGCCACGGCCCAGGAUACUCAACCAGAAGGCUCAAAAGCGCUACCGUCGACCUCAGACUCUGCUGGACCUUCAGGUCAGCCGAACCCUGAUGCCUCAUCGAUAGCGGCAGUACCUAAUCCGGACGCCCAAACUAUGGAUAUAGCAAAGUCCAAGGCAGGACCAACCCCUAUAGUAACGGCUCAGCUUGCAACAGCCACUCAAUCCAUUCCUGGAAACCAGUCACCAUCGCUCUCGCUGGCUCCAACGACCGGCCAAUUUACCAGUCCAGGUCAGCCGAGACCGGUCCCGCCAUUCCAGCAAAGGCAGGACCUCCCUGCGCAACAGAGGCCAGAACCGCCAGCACAACAGGGGACGGAAGUAGCCCCACAACAAAGUCAUCGACAGCCAUCUGAAGCGGGUCUAGGUCAAUCGGCAUCAGGAGUUCCAACUGGACAACCUCCUCUAGCUAGGUCUGCUGCUCAUGCAGCAACGAUUCCUCAACAAGGCCCGAACGCUGCUACUGGACCAAUCGGACCGACGUCGGCUAGACUACUGAGCUCAGCAACUUAUCUACCUCCAGGAGCCGGAGUCGAGCCAACAGGCCCAGCAACCGCAAUAGCCGGUCCAAAGCCACCAGCGCAAACAGCGCAAAGAGCGCCGCCAGUGCCAACACCUCAGUCAGGCCCAGCACAUAGCAACCCCAAGGAAAACCAAGUAGAUUCCGUGAAUGUGCCACCUCAAGAAUGGGCACGACCUGGCCCGAAGCCUGAAAGCUCCAGCACAACUCCGUCUCAACCACCUGAACAUGGCCCAUCAGAGCCAAGGCCUUUUCUCCAACAGCGGUUCUCAUGGGAGACUGGCAGCGAAGAAACGCCUCCCGCGUCAAUAGCCAAACAAACUCCCUCUACGCCUUCCACGGGCUCGCCAGAGACUAUAAAGACUCAAGUUCGACCACCAUCCGGCCCCCCUGCAGGUCUUCGGCGUGCAUCAAAUGAACGAGAUUCAACUUCACAAGGAAAUAUUGCACGGCAGCCAAGCAUGCCACCGCAUGCCCCUCAAUCGCCUGUGCCAACCGCGCAACAGCCCGUGCAACCAGCAAUGCCUGCUCAGCCUCCUACAACCGAGCCGGCGCCUUUCCGUGCCAUCAUGAGUCUUGACUCUCCCCAAGCACGAAUCAAAGCCUUCAACGAAAGCAGAUCUGCGUAUGCUACAUCCGACGGACAACUGGAGAAUUGGCUCACAUCAAUGAGGACUUCAGAGCACUCCGAUGUCUUCGCCAUGAACGGUCAUGUGUCGCAAGAAGCCGCAGAAGCUACAGCUUACAAGCCCUCGCCAAGAAGAAUCCUGACCGACUCAGCUGGAGCACGACAGAUGCAAGAGGACGGCAAGAGAUUGAUAUCAAAAGCUGGAAAAUUUGGUGGAAAAGCCGGAACAGCCGCCAAGGGCUUGUUUGCGAAGGGGAAAGAGAGAAUGCGCCAUGUCAGUCAUGGAGAAAAGGGUUCAUCACCUUCAGGUCGUCGAAAAUCCACAGGCCCCUAUCCGUCGCUGAACGAACCUGAAUCCGAAGACAGCCAUGCUGAGGCUCAGUCGCAAAGAAAACCCACAUUCCUCGAAGGUCCACCACAAAUUCCUCUGACCCUUACCUCUCCUGUCUCGCCAUCCGAUUGGUUUUCUGGGCCGAUUCUCGACAAUCCAACCCCAGGCAGUGGGCUGUCGAAAGAAACAGCAGCAGCCUUGUCAACUUCAUCAAUUGAUCAGGCUGGGACGGACAAGAAGGAGGGUUCGGGUCCAGAAAGAAGAUCGAGCACCACCCCAGCGGCUGUUGGAACUGCGCCGAUUCCACGUCCUGUGAGUCCGGCCAUUUCUGCACUGGACAGUGAUCAGCAUGGAAACGAAAAUGAGAGUGGUCCGAGCAGGUCGGUGAGUCAGGUAACACGUCCGACAGCUGAACAUUCUCCUGUCGAGGCACCGCACCGGACGAUUGCCGAUCAGAUUGCAGACCGGGGAACUGCUUCAUCGCAACGUACUACUAGUGCAGUCACUGAGCCUGGACCGGCCGUUGGCGCGCUCGCACCUCCUCAUCCCAUUACCGGACAUGCCGAUGUGUCUACGCAGCCGGGCGAUGGAAGCCUGCGAGUUCCCGAAGGCAAACCCAGGUCAGUCAUUUCGGCUGUGUCCAGCGCAAGUCCCGGAUCCGGAUCAGUCGCAUCAGAAGCUCGAUCAAGACCAAGUGUUUCUCCAGCGGACGAGGCGUCGGACUUGGAGCAGAAAACGAAGGAGCAGCUUCAUCCUCUGCAGGCUCAUCCUCUGCAGGAAGAGCAGCGUUUAGAGUCGCUAGAGGAACAGGGUAAUCCUGAUUUCCAGGCUGCACCAGAGACUCCUCGAAAUGAAACGCCGCCCCCAGGUAUAGAUGAGCCUUAUGUGCCAUUGGACGGCGAUGUCGAUGCCGACGCAAUCAGACGUGCUCAAGCAGGCGAGGAGAAAUCACAAGUGCCAAGGGACGUGGAACAGCGAGAGCAAGAGCAAGCUGUGUCUCCGCCACCGCCUCGGCCAUUUUCGUUUGCUGGUCUUGAUGGUGCCGGCGAAAUGCACCAUUCUCAGCAGAGUCCUCACCCCUCCCAGCCAAUGAGCCCAGUCAGCCAGACCCUCAGUAACACAUCGCUCAACAAGGAAAUGUCGCAAGUUAGCGUCGAUGAGGUCUUUGAUCAAGCCAACGCCGCCGCCCCUGGCGUGAAGAGACAAUCAAGAUCAUACUCUAGACCGUUCGGCGUUGAUCCAAAUGUUCGAAAUCACCCUGCAUUUAAAGAUCCGGCUGAUGCUGAACAACACCAGCAGCCGAUCGAUAGGACGCAAAUGUACUCUUCCGAAAGUCCACUUCCGAGCGCGAGACGGCCGCAGGGAGAAACGAAUCAACUCCGACAACAGCAGAGGGAGCAGUCUCAGUAUCAACAUACGCAGCCAACGCAAACCAGUAUCCAGACAGACUCUACGGGAGAGUUUCGCAUUGCAGGUCCGUAUAUACAGGAGUACAGAUCGCCAAAGUCAGUCACAGUUCCUAGGAUCGGCAGGAGUCCAGUCCAAGUCGAAGCGAGUGGCCAGCAAUUGCCGAGUGCCAGGAGAUCUCCUUACCCGGGACAGGACCCGUAUCGCGGUCAACAGGCACAGCCGCAGGGUAGAACGUCACCCGCUGCCAAUGAGCAGCAGCCAUUUGAAGAGUAUGAGCAAGAGCCUAGAUACAGACCGGCCCCGGGAACAGAGCAUCUGUAUGAUAUGAAGCCUGAACCUCAGCCGCAGCCUCAGUCUCAGGCUCGGCCUCAACUUCAGUCUCAAACCCAACCACAGCAACAGCAACAGCCAAGUGAGCACUACAGCCAGUUUCAGCGGCAUUCUAUGCCUCCACCUCCUGUACCUCCGCCACAAGAUAAUCGUCCUGUCGUAGCGACCGGAACACCCAGCAAGAAGGGUAUGUUCGGCGGUCUUUUCGGCAACAAAUCGCGCUCGAAACUUCAAAAGCACGAGCGGCCUGAGACCCCAACACGCGUUGACGAGAGCCAUGCGCACAAGAAAGAGAAACGAGCCAGCCUCUUCCGACGAAAUAGUCGUCACGACAGUAUCUCGUCGAAACGGAGCAGCCAAUACGGCGACCACGAUCAGCUAGGUCAACUUACGAACGUGCCGUCCCAUACGAACACGGGAAGAAGACUGUCAAAGGAUAUGCUGAGAGGUGCGAUGACGACGCCCGAGCCCAAAGACCAUGGAGCAGAAGGAAAGAAGAAACGGUUCUCUGGCUUUGGUGGUCGAUUGUUCAAAGGCAGUGGCGCCGGGAAAGAACCGUCGAGAGCGAACACCGUCCCCACCACGGCCUCGCAGCAGGUUGCUAAUCAGCAGCUCGAACAACAGAUCCGCGCCCAGACGUUCAUCUCGCCACAGGCGUACUCUGCGCAGACACCUUAUAGCCAGUAUUCGGACAUCCCGGCCGGGUAUGGCAACCAUGAUCCAGGGGCAGGAGCGGGUCCAUAUCAACAUCUACAGCAAUAUCAUCAUCAAUCACCAACGGCGUCGCCGUCGAACAGGAACAGUGCGUCGCGAGCGUACCCACCCAUUCCGCCGGAACGACUCCCGUCACACCACCCGAUCCACGGACCGGCGGCGUACCAGCAUCAGCAUCAACCGACACCCACAAUGUACGAGAGGUCUGUAGUGUCACCACCACCACAAGGACCAAACCCUCCAAACUACGAUCCGAGUCCACCGGGUACAUCGCAGGCUCCGUAUGAGCGCCCAUCGCCGUUGAGGAUCGAUACCGGCGGCAACCAGAAUCAACACCAUGGUCAAUACGGCAUGGGCGUGGGUGUGUCUGCAACUGCACCACCGCAGGUCUAUCCACCGCGUGAAAGUUCGUUUUCGGCGCCUCCGGGAGGUUACUCCGGGCCCACCAGUGCGGGUGCAACUCGGCAAGCAGCAGUGAGGAGUAUGACUGCUUCGCCGGAUCGGCAAGGUGGACCAGGACAGGAUCCCCGAGCGCAUGUGAUUAACCUGCACAAACGCUCGAGAUCACCCCGGCUGGGCAGAAGGCCGUCGAGUGAGGAUCUCGAUGCGCCUCUGCGACGGUCCGGCCAGAGUCAGAAUCAGGAGCCGACCGGUGCAGGUGGUCGCGGUGACUCGGGAUUAGUUACGACACUCGGCAUGUUUAAUAGCAAGAAGAUCAGUCCUGUGGGUGGUGUGCCUAGGGAUGAGAGCGAGCAGGAACGGCCCUUCAAUAUUAUGGUGCCGGGGCUGGACGAGACAGGUGAGGACGACGGUGGAGGUGAGAGACGGAAAGGUAAUCUGAGGCAAAGACUUGAAGGUGCUGCAGGAGGGACGAGGAGUGAGACGCCCGUCAGCGUCGCAUCGUCGACGCAUACGAGAUCGCAGACACCUGGACUGGGCGGGUCGCGAGAGGCCAGAGAAGGAGAUGGGCAGGGCCUAGAAAGAGGCGUGACUUUGAUGGAGGGUGACAAGAGCGCUAGAGGGAAAGAUGGUAGGCGAGAAAGUGCAAGGGACCGUUCAGGAGGGGUCAUUGCCGAGUUACCUGGCAGCAAGGCUGAAGGGUAUGAGUCCGAUGAAGAAGUGUUGAUGAGUGCGACGGCGUACCCGGGGCAGGAGUGGGUGCCUGUCAUGGUGGGAGAUGGGAGAUGGGAUGAUUGAGUUAUGGGCACUUCCUUUCUUGCUGUUCGAUCUUGAGCGAUAUCUCUGUCAGGUGUUGCUGUUUUCGGAGUCGACUUCGAGGUGUGGGCAUACCCUGGUCGAUUCGAAUAACUGGGGUCCUACAUCAUGCGACCUUCUGUUUUCGAUCUUGGGCGCUUUGGGCUUUCUUUUGGAAAAUUUGCUUGUGGAACACGGACAGCAAAAAGGAUGGGAACGCCCUUUGGUUUGACGAUGUUCCGGUUUAAUAUUUUUGUUCGUCGUCUCUCGUCCGGCGUACAAGCGAGUUUGUUGUCAUGUAUCGAAAGCGAUGGAAUAUACACAGUACUUGUAUUUUAAUUGUUAAAGGAUCGAGUUGGAGGGUCGAUGAUGGAUUCCUAAGUACUCCGGCGUGCUCCAAGGCAAUAAUCGAAUGAGC